UUCUCCCUCUCUUUUUUUUGUCCUUCUAAUUUAAGCACAUCCUUCUUAAAAUUGCGAUCAAAUUUAAAGUGAACUUAUUUUCUAAUCUGCUACACUUGACGAGGGAAAACGUCGACCAGCAACGCGUCAUUACUCCGCGUGGAAUUUCAGAUAAUAAAAAACGACUUCACAAUGCAAAAAAAAACAGAUCAUGAUUUUGCAGGAACCGAUAAAAGUAUCUCUUAAAAUAUCUCAUUUUUUAUUUGUCUCUAUUGUGGGAUUUAAAUCAUUUGAUGUUAUUAGUUUUUUCACUUUUGCAUGAUAGAUAAUCAUACGAAAAGAAAAGCGAGUCAGCAGAAAGGACGGUCUACAUGUCAAGCACACUGUUGUCUCGAAAUCAACCACUAGAUUAAACGCGUCUGUAUGUUAAUGCUGUGACACAGCUAAAUAAAAAUUGCGCAUGCGUAAUAAUGCAAAAAAACACUUGGAAUGUUUUUGUCAAUUCAAUAAUGUUGGACGAAAGUGCGUGAAAGUUCCAGUAAAUAAAUUUGGAUAAAGUAGCAAAAACGUCGUCAAACUUCUUGCCCUCAACAGAACCUUCACCGGCCUAUGUGAUAAACUGUUUAUCAUUGACUUUAGAUUAUAAAAAACCUCGGAACAAAAAUGGUCGUGAGAAAAUAUAGUUAGCUGCGGCAAGCGAUUUUUUAACAUGCUACGAUUUUUGUAUAACGUCUUCUGUGUUUUAUUUCAACAAUCGGAUGUUGAUUCCGUUUUUCAUCGUAAUUUAAACUACAGCAAAUAAUGGUUGUCAUAAUCUCCUUAAUGCGUGCAAGAGAAAAUCUCCUGCGUAGAUAUUGUACACGAAAGAUCUAACAUCUUUUAUCAAAGCAACGGUGAAGGGUGCUCGGUUAUAAAUGCAUAUCCAACGAAGCUUACCAUGAAAUUGAUAUCGAUGACUCUUAAGUUGGAUUAAAUAAAAAGAACAAUCGGAACACGUGAUUCGGAUUAAAUAGAGCGGGAAAAUAUUUUAUUGACGUCAUGGUAAAAGAAGAGAAAAAAAUAUGAAUCAGUAAUAUUGACAGAAGUCGGUUUAAUUGAAGACUGCACAGAACUUAAAAAUAUAAUUGCCAGUUAUUAUUGUGUGCAAACCGACUUCAUGAAUGUUGUGGUAUGAGAAGUAAACACAGUCAGUAAUUUCGAAAAAAAAGGAUAUUAAAAGAUAUUAAUAAGUUGAAAAGCAACAAUGUUAAAAUUUGUUUUUGUUGCUGCUGGCGUAAUUACGUUAAUAUCGUUGUGUGAAUCUAAAUAUAGUUGUUCGAGUGGUUUUAAUGUGUAUUUUAUACUUGACCGAUCAAAGAGUGUAAAGAGCUUUAAUUUUCAGAAUCAAACCGUUCAAUUCGUUCAAGAUAUUCUUCAUCAUUUAACAAGUCCAAAGUUGAGAGCAUCGUUUAUUGUAUUCGCUGAAAGAGCAAAUACUAUCAUGCCACUGACUCAAAGUAGAACUGAUAUUGCUGUUGGGAUAGAGAAACUAAAGAAAGUAACCACUAGAGGAAGAACUUAUUUAGAGUUUGGUUUGGAUAUUGCAUUGCGUCAGAUCAAACAGGAAGAAGGGACGUUAACUGCCAGUUUUGUGUUCAUAUUGACAGAUGGUGAAUUGAGCGAAAAAAACUCCUUUUCAAAGGCGGAUACAGUCCGAAGUUUGGGUGCAGAAAUAUUUGCCAUUGGUGUAAACAACUACAAGCUUUCACAGUUGAAGCAGCUAGCUAACAAACCGUCAACCGACUACGUAUUUACUGCAAAAAAUUAUAAAAGUCUUACUUCCAUUACAAACAAGAUUGUUGAUAAAGCAUGCAUAGAGGUGACCAGUAUUGAGCCUGAUAGUGUGUGCGUAGGAGAAAAUUAUGAUGUCACAUUAACUGGAAGAGGUUUUAAGAGACGCUACGACGCUAAUAAAAUCAUUUGUAACUUUAAACUAAAUGAAACGCAAAACCACGUAACGAAACCAACGCAUGUAACAGAUACACAAUUGAAAUGCUCAGGAUUCGUCAUCGACACAAUCGGAAGUUUUGUGAUGCUUGAAGUCUCAGUGAAUGGAAAAACUUUUGUUUCAACAGAUAUUCGUGUAACAGCAGUUUCGUGCGAAAAGUCAAAUCGAAAUUCAACUUCAACAAUAGUUGGGACAAUUUUUGGUUUGUUGUUUCUUGCAUUGUUAUUGCUAUGGUGGUUUUGGAUGCUGUUGCCAUGCGUGAGUCCUCCAAAAUCUGCUGAUUCACAACUUUUACCUGUAGAAGCCGAUACUGCGACAAAAAAAUGGCCAACAGUGGAUGCCUCAUAUUAUGGUGGAGGUGGUGUUGGUGGUGUAAAGCCAGUUCGUGUAAAGUGGGGAGAUAAAGGCGCUACGGAAGCAGGAAACAAGCUAACAAAAACCCCAGAUGCUAAAAUUAUAUCAGCCAAAGAGAACAACUCACAUUCAAAUAAUUCAUCGAAGCCGUCUUGUUUUAGUAGAACAAAGAGUGCAAUUGUAUCAUUGGCAACUUCAUGCUACAAUAAAGUAGCAGCAUUGAGACCACAGAAGGGAGGAAGUAGCAAGCUGUAUUCAAAGUCGUGAGUUAGUAAUGAAUGGUAGAUGAAAGUUCCUACUUAACAAUCUCACUUUCAAUGAGGAAGGAAAACUCGUUGUAACUAUGGUUCGUGUUAUAUAAAAAAAUGUGUAUAUAUUUAACGCGUAAAAAACUCUUUCUUAAUAAA